CGUAUACCCCUCUCUAAAAGAGAACGCGACAUUCAAAGUUACUGACGCCGCGCCCACCGUGAGCGGAUUGGUGAUAACGGAAGCGUGUCAGAAAACUGGACGACACUUGGCUAUAAAAGCAGGAAGCCAGAUUGCUGCGAGUUCAGUAGCGAACAAAGAGCACAGCAGCACCAUGAACGCACUGGGAUUCCUCGCAAGCAUUGUAGUCCUCGCCACGGCUGUUAACGCCGGCUUCUUUGGUGGCUACGGAGGCUACGGAGGCUACGGAGGCUACGGUGGUUACGGUGGUUACGGCGGCUAUGGUGGAGGCUACGGCCAUGGAUAUGGAGGCUACGGCGGAUACGGCGGUUACGGCAAGGUCAUUAGUAUUGGGUACGGAGGAUACGGUGGAUACGGCGGCUACGGAGGCUACGGAGGUUACGGCGGCUACGGAGGCUACGGCGGCUACGGAGGCUAUGGCGGUGGUUACGGAAAGUACUGGUAGAUACAACUUCGCAACAUUGUAACCACCCCACUUUUAUCUGCACGUGUCAUGCAAACAUCAUCACACUAAAUUGAUCAAAUCUAUGUGAAGGAAAGGCU